CAACAGCGACAGUGUUUGUCUUCCUUCCUAGUGCGCUAAUGCAAAAUUUAAAAUAAUUCUUCAGAUUUAAUAGUCCGAAAUGGUUUUUACAACUGUGAUCAGCCUGGUACGUGCUCGUAGACCGGAUGAGUUCUGGAGAAAACGAAGAAUCUUCAAACUGGCUGCGCAUUACAUCGGACGCCCGCGAAAUUGCUACUCCAUUACCAUUCGAAACGUACACCGGGCACUGGCGUAUGCCACAAAAGGCCGUGCGCUGAAAAAGCAGGACAUGCGAGAGCUCUGGACCCAGCGUGUCAAUGCUGGCUGCGAACAGCAUGGUGUGCAGUUUCCGGAAUUUCAGGAAGGACUGUACCGAAACGAUAUACUGCUGAAUCGAAAAGUGCUGGCAGAUCUUGCCAUUUGGGAACCGCGGACGUUUGAAGCACUAGCGCUUAUUAGCCAAAGCGUACCAGAUAGUGGUGAGGGUAAAAAAGACUGAUAGAAACCUAAUAGCAAAUUUGUUUCUAACCUGGGCUCCACUCGAAUCAAAAAUCAAUAAACGUUGAUUGAAAGUUUGGCAAAUUGACUUGUAAAAAUUAUGUUCUAGUAUAAACUCUUGCGAGCCAGGUUAAUAAACGAAUUCGAUAUUGCCCUCGUUACAUAACUGUCCCAUGUUGGUUUUGUUUUUAUUGUGAAAAUUGAUUGGAAAACUGAUAAAAUGGUAGGCCAAUUUGUUUUGUCCCAAAUUGAAAAUAUCCACAUUCAAGUGGAUGUGGCUUAUCACUCCUCACAGUAUUGGAAUAAUUUAUCAUCAAUGCCUGAUUUACUGCACUUAAAAACACCCAUUUCAUGCUGAUUUUUGUAACAAAAUUCCCCCAACCUUCCUAAUUGGGAUAUUGUGCCAACAUCCAAGAUGGCGUCCAUGAACUUCAAUCUCACAAACGGGUAGCAAUUUCCGAAAAUCAAUAUAGGUAGGUAGACACAAUAAGCCUCCGGAUAACCACAUUUUGUGAUAAAUCCUUUCCACUUUUCGCAUUUCUCACCUUGCUUCGUUUCAACCAUCUUUGAAUUGAGAAAAAAAACCAAUCCUCGAAGCACGUUCAUUAACGUUUGAGCAUACAUACACCUGCGAGUUCAUCGUAAGAUUUUUCCGCUGCCAUCUUGUUGCUCUCAUAUGUUUUAGUGGAAUUUCCCAGCAGAAGCAGCAGCUUCCCAAUAAUCGAAACUAAUAAAGCAUGGCCAACGUAGCUCGGGCGCUUUUGCUAGCAUUAAGUUUAAAUUUUUCCACGGUAUCAAUGCAAAGGGAAGGGGCCAGUGGGUGUGGAACGAAGUUAUCACCCACCCCAAUUUAAAUUCACUUUAAUGUAAACAGUGCGGAUGAUUAAAAUCAUAACAACAGACUGUGCAUCAAUAUGUAUGUGUGAGGUUUAUGCGAAAAUUAUUUGUAUGGAACUGAUGUCCCAUAAUAAUCCGUAAUUUAUUUCUGCUUAAUUUAUUGAUACUUGCUUAUUUUAACAAAUAUCUCCAGGAAUUUAAAUUAGGGAAAACUAAUUAAGCACUUCAAUCGACAUUUUCUCUGUGGGACUGUUAUGCGAAGAGGGGUGUUAUACUAAAUAGGGUGCUCCAUU